AUUUAGACGGGCAAUUGCUAGCCGCUCUAAUAUCACUAUCACAAUAAGUAACGUAAACAGCGCUUGAGGGUGUUUUUUUUUAUAACUCUCCUAAAAUCUUUUGGUGGAAUGGAUGAUCCUAAAGGUAAUACUUUAAAUGCAUGUACAAUUUAUACGAGAGUUGAAGAGCGAUUACAAUAAAAAUUCAAUAUUAUUUUGGAGAAUAUUGAAAGUAUUAUUGUUCGAUAUUAGCAUACGAAAGAGUCUUAUUGGUGUAAGUGGGGAAAUAUUAGUAAUUAUAUCUAGCUGUGAGCUUUAACAUGUCAUAUACUGGCGCGAGUGGAUUUGAAGAAAAUCCCAGUAAGAAUACGCAUAAGCAAUCCAGCGAUGGUCGCAAUUUGAUGCAAAGGCCAACCGAUUUGUUGGGUCAAUUUAUCGGUCAUGAAUCAACACGAAGAGGAGAAGCAGGUAUUGGAAAUCGGGAAGGUGGAGAUGAAUCAGGAUGUUGUGGCGUAAAAUACGAAAGGGCCGUCAUUUUCAGACUGGGGAGAGUUUUAGUUGGAUCUAGGGGUCCCGGAAUUUUCUUCGUUAUACCUUGUUUGGAUAAUUUUGUCAAAGUUGACCUCCGUACUAUUUCUUUUGAUGUUCCGCCUCAAGAAAUUUUAACAAAAGAUUCAGUUACUAUUGCCGUCGAUGCCGUCGUUUAUUACAGAAUUUCUAAUCCUAUGAUUUCUGUUGUAAAUGUUGAAGAUGCAUCCAGAUCGACACGUUUGUUAGCUCAAACUACCCUUCGUAACAUUUUGGGAACGAAAACCUUAAGUGAAAUUUUAACCGAUCGCGAGAUUAUUGCCCAUAAUAUGCAGAGUGUACUUGAUGAAGGAACCGAUCCAUGGGGUGUCAAAGUCGAAAGAGUUGAAAUUAAGGACGUUCGCCUGCCAGUUCAAUUGCAACGUGCAAUGGCGGCCGAAGCGGAAGCGACUAGAGACGCACGAGCAAAAGUAAUCGCAGCCGAAGGUGAACAAAGGGCAUCCAGGGCAUUGAAGGAAGCAGCCGACGUUAUAAAUGAAGCGUCAGGAGCUCUGCAACUCAGAUAUUUACAAACUCUAACACAAAUAUCGGCCGAAAAGAAUUCAACAAUUAUUUUCCCCUUGCCUAUUGAGCUCAUGAAGGCAUUUAGCGAUGGGAAGAAAUGA